UCGAUAAGCGCGCGUGUCACACAUCUAUUAUCUGCAGCGGCCGCAGCCGGAAGUGAAAUGCACGGCGUACUGUCGAUGACGUCAGAGUGGCGAGCUCGGAGGCGUGACGUGAGAGCGCGAUGACAGAUAAUGAAUGAGAUGACAGGGGGAGCAGAUGACAGCAGACUCAUCGACAUCUCCGCUUCACAUCUGAUCGAUCUGUGUGGAUUUCUAUCAUUGAUCAGCUGAAAUCUGUGUGAGCUGAUGGAGGCGGACAUGAUGUCUCUGCAGUACAUCACCCACGAGUGGAUGUGACUCUUUCUCAGUGUGGAUGUAUCGGACGACGGGUGGAUGUAUUGAGGAUUUGUGCAGGAAUCUGUCAGAAUCGCACGCGCAUCAUGUCGGACUGAAAACACACGCGAGAAAACAGCGACAUUAAACCACGGACGUAUUCACUGAGGAGCCGAGCACGCGCCAGAAAAAUGGGAGAGCAGCCGAUCUUCAGCACGAGAGCUCACGUCUUCCAGAUCGACCCCAACACCAAAAAGAACUGGGUGCCCACCAGCAAACACGCUGUUACUGUGUCAUAUUUCUAUGACAGCACACGUAACGUCUACCGCAUCAUUAGUCUGGACGGCUCAAAGGCCAUCAUCAACAGCACCAUCACUCCUAACAUGACCUUCACCAAAACCUCACACAAGUUUGGUCAGUGGGCCGACAGUCGAGCGAAUACGGUGUACGGCCUGGGCUUCUCCUCUGAGGCUCAUCUGAGUAAAUUUGCGGAGAAGUUUGUGGAAUUUAAAGAAGCGGCGCGGUUAGCGAAGGAGAAAUCUCAGGAGAAGAUGGAGUUAACCAGCACACCGUCACAGCGCAAGUCUGUUUCGUGUUUUCCGCGUUUAAAGGUAAGAAGUGAAUCCCACAAAAACUCAAACCCAGAAUCCAUCUGAACCUUCCCAAAUUUGACCAAACGUGAGUGUUUCUCUCUCUCCUCAUUGAACCCCUGGAGACGGCCAGACAGUAACAGCUGUGAUGAUGAUGUUUUUAUUUCUCUUGUGAUGUCAUUUAAUGCUGUGAAACACAAACAGACUCGGAUCACAGCAAAGGUAAGACUCAAUCAGAUGAAUGUUGAAUAUAGACAUAUGCCCGGUUAACCGAAAAUAUCUAUCACGUGAUUUAUGCACAAUUUGUGAGUGCAGUACGGUAAAAUGCUGCUGCAUCCGAAAGCCAGAGGGUGCUCUCGUGCAGAAACUCCAAAUACACACUGCAGAAGAAGACCAUAACACAUGUAGUUCUAGGAAAUGCGUAAGGACAUGUUUUUAUCACUGAUCCUCAAUCCUCCUCAGGUAUUUUUAUGAUAAUAAAGUAUAUUUAUAAUGAUCGUGUUUGACGGGUGUUGCUUUUUUAAAUGCACGUUAUAAGCGACUUAAACUCGCACUGCUUUUAGAUCGAGCAGCAUUUCCUACUGAUCCCAGAGCCGUGCUUCACGGACAAGCGACGCAUCAAUAAAGUAAUCGAUAUUUUGCAUUAUCGCAGCCAGCUCGGUUUCAGCAGGAUUUAGUGGUAACCGCGGUUAACCGGGCACAUGCCUAGUUGAAUAUCUUUGUAGGGUUACUGUAUAUCUGCACAUCUAUCUACUGUAUAUUCUCCUCAUAUCUGUCAAGUCCUCUGGCGUGUGUGUGUGAGUGUGUGGGAAGGGCAAACCCUACGGUAUGGGGACAAAAUGUCCCCACAAAGAUGGCAAUAUCCAAAACUCUUGUCCUUGUGGGGACAUGUUUUUGUCCCCAUGAGGAAACAAGCUUAUAAAUCAUACAGAAUGAACUUUUGUGAAAAUGUAAAAGAGCAGACAGUUGUGUGUGAUUGUUAGGGUUAGGGGUAGGGAAUAUGAUAUACAGUUUGUACAGUAUAAAAACCAUUGUGUCUAUGGAAUGUCCCCAUAAAACAUGGAAACCCAACAUGUGUGUGUGUGCGUGUGUGUUCACUUUAUAAACAGACAUGGAGCUGUCAUUCCAGUGAUAGCUUCACUUCUAAAGAGCACCUUUCUAUCGUGACGUGUUAAUGAAAUGUUUCAUUGUGCAUUUAAGCUUUUCUCUUUCCACGAAUAAAGCCAAGUGCGUUCUGUGUGAUUCAUGUCAGACUUUGAGAACUGACACACCUAACAAGACUCGUCUGGAGUUUUAGGUCAAGCCGACUCUCGACGUUUGCGACACGGACAGAAUUUCAUGGGAAGAUAAAUGUGAUGACUUUGAUGGUGAAAAGAUCAAUUGUGUGCACCUGUCUCACGUUCAGAGAUUACCGCAAUCUGGGAUGUUUUACACUUGUCCCUUACAAACACACAACAACAACAACAGUGCUGCCGCGCUAGUGUGAUCAUGUUUUCAAGCAGGUUCUCCUCUAGCUCUCAGAUGGUGGGGUGUUCCCUUUCUGUCGGUCUCUCGACGUUGUGUCGAGCCGACAGAUGGGGUUCGCUCUUGAGAAGCUAUGAACUUCUGACUAGUUUAGAAAAGGCCAAUGAAAUUGGCGAAUGAAAUUUGCAUGCCGGACUCCGCCCCCGGAUAUCCGGGUAUAAAAGGGAGACGGCGUGCUGCAUUCAUUCACCUUUUGUUCUUCGGAGCCUUCACACUGAUCGACUUCGAGACUUCAAACUCUAUGCCGAAUUACUGCUGGAAUCUUAUGACGUGGUGCAGCUGACGGUCCCUUCCUGCAGCGACUUUCCCCUGGGCGUCUCGGCAGUUCCAGAAGUGUUUGAGUUUUUUCUCUAAAAGAGCUCAUUUCUCCAGCGUGGCAUGUCCCACUGUUCUCAUGGGUGCAACACACUCAUUGAGGAGGGGGACGGACACGGUGUCUGCUUCCAGUACGCUGGGGCAGACGUUGUGGAUACGUCCUGCCCGCACUGCGGGCGGUUGACGAUUCAGAUGUUGCAUCACAGGUGGUUCCCACAGGACU